AUGGCGAAAAAGAAGGGCAAGAAGGCUCAGACCCAGGCUCAGAAGCAGACUGUGGAGGCCUCGCCGCCACCGAGCCCAAAAGCUGUGCUAGAAGAGCCUGUUCCCGCUGUACCUGCAUCAUUACCACUUUCACCAGAGACCGCUCCGACCGAUUCAAUACCCGACGAUAGCGUACCUUCGUUGGACUCACCGACUGACGCCAAGGCAUACGACUUGCCUGCAGACGAGCCUGCUACUGAAUCAGCCAGCCAGGAGCCCGCGGUUGACGACGCACCUGUCACUGAGCGAAAAGAAGAAGCAACCGCACCCAUAGAGGAAGAAAAGCCCACAGAAGACCCCGAAUUCGACACAAGCGCAUGGGACGAGCCUGCGGCUGAAGCUCAACCAGAGCCUGAUAGUGAUCCCAGGUCAGACGAGGCAGCCAAGGAGCCGAGUUCAGAAGUCGAUACUGAGCAGCUGGCCAACAAACCGGUUGAGGAAACCGCGCCUCCGGUAGACGACGAUUGGGGUUCUUUUGCAGUCAGCAGCAAGAAGAAGAAGAAAGGGAAGAAGGGCAAGAAAGAGCCGGAGGUCGAGCUGCCGAAGAACGACGAGCCUGAACCAGUCGUCGAAGCCCCCGAACCACCUGUCGUUGAAACGCCUGAAGCCGCCGUCGAAGAGGCCUCGGAACAAACCAUUGUUGAAGCUGCAGAGCCGCCUAGCACAGAAGCACACACUGUCGAAGAACUCGAAGCCCCUCCCGUCGAAGCAUCAGAGCCAAUCGCAGUUGAAGAAUCAGAGCCAAUCGCAGUUGAAGAAUCAGAGCCAAUCGCAGUCGAAGAAUCAGAGCCAAUCGCAGUUGAAGAAUCAGAGCCAAUCGCAGUCGAAGAAUCAGAGCCAAUUGCAGUCGAAGCUCCAGAGCCCACUCCUGUCGUCGAAGAAACUAUCGAAACACAGCCUCCAGCCCUUGAAACGCCUCUGCCAAAGAAGAAAGGCAAGAAGGGAAAGAAGGUCAAGGUCGAAGAAACCCCAGUGAUCAUUGAGGCGCCAGAAGCACCAGCACCCGAGAUACCAGAGGAACCGCCAGUUGUGGAUGCCCCUGAAGCGCCCCUCGUUAAUGGAACUGAAGUACCUCAACCAACAGAAGUCCCGGAACCAACAAUCGUCGAAGCGCCUGAGCCUCCCGUCUCAGAAGCAACCGAAACCAAUCCCGAGAACCUCCUACCAGAACCCCCGGUAGAACCCACCCCAGAACCUCCGCAAAUCGACGAAGUACCGAUUGAAUCACCUAAAGCCGGGGAGGCUCCCCCUGAAUCUGCUAAGGCCGAAGUGCCCGCUGUUGACGACUGGACACCGCCUGCAAAGUCUUCCAAGAAGAAAGGCAAAAAGGGAAAGAAAGGCAAGGACAUCGCUGCUCUUGCUGAAGAGGCGGCUUCAGUGGUUCCCACUCCGGAGCCUGAAGUUGUGACGGUAAGCGAAGAAGCCGUAUCCCAACCAGAGCCCGUUGUCGAAGCACAACCUGUUGUUGAAGCACAACCUGUAUUUGAAUCGCAGCCCGAAAUAUCAACAGAGAGCGCCCCUGCACCUCAACCCGAACCUGCAAUAGAGUCACAUCCCGAGAUCAAGCCGACAACAAAGGAAGGCUCUCCACCUGAUCCAACGCCGGAGCCCCAACCAGAGGUCGUCGAAGCACCGAGAGCACCGAGCCCUACGCCUGCACCAGAGCCCCCUUCUGCACGUGUUGAAGCGCCGGGACCGCCGAUGCCAACGCCUCCUCCAUCUAUACCAGCAUCUGUGGAGAUCGAAGCUCCAUCCGUCCCAAAGCAUCGAGCACCGAGUCCACCAUUAGUGCAAACGAGAAGCUCUCCCGUGCCCAACGUCGCAUCACCCGCACCCGCCCCAGUUCAAGCAGAGAGCCAUUCCUUACCCAAGGUCGCAACACCUGUACCUGCCCCGGUCAAAUCGAGAUCCCCACCCAUCGCGGAACCCGCUCCUAUCUCGCCACGGUCAACAGCAACCGAACGUCCGUCGGUGCCUUCAGCUCCGACAAAGUCAGCGGUGAGCCAAGCAAUCGAAGAAGACAGACCCCCAGCUCCUACACCACCUCCAACCAGAGCUCGACCACGACGCGCACCUGUAUAUGACGACGAUGAUGACGAAGACUACGAGUCAGCUCUGAUACAACCCCGACUGAGGCACCGUGAGGACGACCCGCUCUCUCGCGAUUCGUCUCGCGGAUCCUAUCCUCCAGCCCACUCCCGGCCUCUGUUCGCAUCCCGUGUACCACAGCCAGAGCAUCACUCAAAUCCUCAACCUCCGUCAGCUCCGCCGCAGUAUCACCAUCCAAGGCACCAGUAUCCUCCUACUGCGCCACCGUACUACCACCCCUCUAGUCACGCUCCUAGCCACGCGCCUAGCCACGCGCCCACCCACAGCAUGAGUCAAGCUAGUGGGUAUCCAGACUACUCUCCAUAUGGGCCUCCUUCGCAUCAUUCCUCCCCGCACGGGUAUCAGGAAAGUUGGAGCCAUGUCCCACCGAACUAUGGAUACAAUGGUCAUAGUCCACCGCAACGACAUGAUCCUAUGCGACCCAGAGACUAUGGCAACGGGUAUCCCGCUAUUGAAAAUGGGUCUGCAAUCGAUGACGGGACUGGAGAUGCAUUCUCUAGCAUAGCUCGGGCUAUUAAUGACCUUCCGUCGCUUUUGGCUAACUACAAGGAGGCCCAAGGUCAAUUGGCAGUGAGGGAAGAAUUGCUUCACCGGUCCCGUAUUGAACAUCAAGAAAAGCUGCGUGCUAAAGACGAUGAGAUCCAGGCCUUAAGAGACAGGAUUACGAGUAUCGAGCGUAAGCAUUCCAGUGAAGCAAGCAGGUUGCGCCUCGAGGUCGGCAACAUGGAGGAGCAAGUGAAGGACCUCAAAGAGCGACUCGUUGAGACUGAGAAGUUCAGAGUAGAGGCCAGCCAGCUCAAAGUCGCCCUCGAUGCUACGAUGAAGUCUUGGGAAGGCAAGUACAAGGACCUUGAAGAAACACACGCAACUCUAGAGAAGACCUCUUCCGAGGAGAUCGCCAAAGCGCGGGUAGAAUUCGAGGAAUGGAAGACGACCACUACUACCCGGAACGACGCCGAGAAGAUUGCUCUGGCCAUCCAGUUUGACAAGAAGCUCAAGGAAGCCGAUGACAAGGCCGAGAGCGAGCGCCAGGCUGCGUCAGCUGCCCAUCUGAAGGAAAAGGAUGACCUCCGUUCUGAACACCAGCGGCAACAGCGAGAACGUGAAGAGAGUUUCGACCGACUUCGCAACGAGCUCGAGCAGAAGCUGAGUGCUUCUCAACUUGACUGCGAGCAGGCACUCAGGCGCGAGCGUGAGACCAUGGAGGUUUGGGCGAAGGAGAGAGGCACGCUUGUUCAAGCCCAUCGGGAGGAUGUUGAGAGCUUGCGUAAGAGCUGGGAAGAUCAACGUUCCCUCCUUGAGGGUCAGCACAAGAAGAUCAAAGAUGAGUCUGACAAGGCUUGGAUUGAGCUCCAUUCAGAGGCAAAUCGCAAGGCGGAUGAGCACAAGGCGGUUGCAGACCAGCUGAGCCAGGAGAAAGAAGAAUUGCUCAGACAGUACAACGAGCUGAAGCUGCAGCAUGAGAAAGAGAAGGAGAUCAUCAAGAGCGUUGCGAGCAACAUGGAGAGUGAGAAGUCGAGACUGGAAAAGCUUAUGGAGUCGUACGGUGACAUUGCUGAGAUUAAGAGCAAGGGUGACACUUAUUAUUUGGUAUCCUUCACGCAACUUCAAAAGCAGAUCCUUGACCUCGCUGCGACUCACUUCGUCCACCUUCCCGUCAUCCCUCCGCCAGAAGAGCUGCAGCAGAUACCUUCUAAUUUGCCGUCCUUUUUGGCAGAUACCUCGUCCUCCAGACAACUUCGCGCCGCAUAUGUGGCUCACACCGUCUCCAAGCUUGUCACCUAUCGUGUAUUCGGUCCGUUCCUGUUCAGUUUGGGUCGCCGGUACGAUAAGGCCGACUCCUUAUUCUUGUCCAUGAGCAACCACAUCCGCGACAAGAGCACGCGCAAAGAGGCGAUAUGGCGCCAGCAGACACUGCUCGCAGCUUUUACGAGCAGUGGUGCUAAGCAGCGCAUCAAUACCGCUGCUGGCACCGUAGUCGAGGAGAUCGUCAAUGCAAUUAAACAUUUCGCUGACCCCAAAGAAGAGGAGGGCAUCAAGAUUGCUGUGAAGCGCAUCGUCAAACUCGCGGCCGAAACCUGGCGCUUUGCUCGCCUCGAGCGGGAGAUGAUUUCGGCCACAAUGCCCGCCAUCACUGACGAAGAUCAUGAAUUCACGGGGCCAAAGUUCUGGCCAUCCCACAGACCCGAGGGUAGCCCCAUUGCUUCGCUAGUCGGUACCGAAAUGCCGUCUGAUGAACAGCCUAAAAUGUUACUACGGCUUUUCCCUGUCAUAUAUCGCGAGCCCAAGCACGAGAACUUCCGCAACGAAUCCGACGAGAAUCCCGACGAGGGAAGCAUCUAUCACCAUGGCCUCGCCUUGUACGACGACGCGGAGCUAGUGGUCCAGAGGAAGGAGGAGCUCCAAGCAGCAGGUUUGCCACCUACCACCAACGCUGCUUCUCCGACGACUGCUGACUUCCCGCCGCCUCUGUUGCCCGCGCCUAGGACCUCAUUGCCGCCUACUCCAGCUUUAGAGAAAGCAUCUGUUCGAUCGAAAUCGCCACCACCGCCUGAGCCUACGAAGGACGCAAUUCCCACCCGUCCAGCAUCGCCUACUUCGAUAAAGUCGGGCAAAACGUCAAUACGUUCGAGAACGCCGCCACCUGUUCCGCCUAAACGAACUUCGAUCCGUUCUAAAUCAUCUUUGUCCGUUCAUUCGGUAAAGUCUUCUGUACGAUCAUCAUCUCCGCCGCCGCCUCCUCCGUCACGUGUACCUCCACCUCCACCGACGAACCCAUCGGAAGCUCCCUCCUCACCAAAAGCCGUUCCAUCCGAAACUUCUCACAUACCUUAUACACGUCCGCCUCCCGGACCUAUCGAUUACGACACGCCUCGGGAUGCUCCCCCGCUCCCGGCGGCCACCGAAAGUGUUCUCGGCGCACCUCCAGCAUCCAUGGUCGUCCUGGCAGCAGAGUUCGACGAGAAGGACACGUCUACUCCUCCGCAUCCCAACCCCACUGAAAUUGACACACCGGAUGCUCCUGAAGGUGAACCCAGUGCGACGGAGGAGCAGCUUCCACAGGUCACGCCUACUGAAAGCGCCAUAAUACCACCUUUCGACCCUUCCGCCUCGAACCUCCCUACACCACCGGUAUCCCGUUCGCCCACACCCGCGGACCGCCCCGUCUCCCCCCUCUUCGCCGCCAUCGACGAGAUCGACGCGUUAUCCAGCCACCGCAGUCUCAGCCGCCGCACCUCCUCUUCCCGCCGCUCCGCGCGCUCCAAACCCUCCGAAGACGACCUCCAUCGCACCACCACCGAGCCAACCGAAUACACCUCCGGCAAAAAAACGCGCUCCAAGUCUCGUCCCAAGACCGAAGAAGCCGAGCAAGAACGCCCCGACAGCGCACGUCGCACGUCCGGCUACACGCUCAGCACGCGCAGCUCGCGUGAAGCUGCCGACACGGCGUCUCUGCGUACGGAUAGCACGGAGAGACCGGGCAGUGGAAGAAGUAGUCGAUAUCUCUGUGAGAGUAGAAGCGCGGCGAUCAAGGGGCUGUAUCCGAAUAGUCCGCUUGCGGGGGCGAGUGCUUCAGGGAGUCCGUCUGUGAGUCGCACGAAUUCAAUGAGGAGUGAGAAGAGUCGGAGAAGGAGUAGUGAGGUGGAUAAAGGGACGUGGGAUACGACUAUUACUGGGAUGGAGGGGGAGGCCAAGGAGUAGAGUAGAGCCGUUGCCUCCUCCUGUUACUGGGCCAAACCCAUUGUUUUUUGAUUCGUUGUUUGCGCUCGGUGUUCUCAUAUUUCCGG